AUGGCAAGUAGCUUGGAACAAUUGGCAUCAGACCUGACUGAUGUAGACAAGACUAUUACACAGGCUCAUUGUGAUGAUGAUGAACAAUUCCAUAUAUUAAUGAGGAAGGGUGUAUUUCCCUAUGAAUACUUGGAUAGUUGGGAUAAAUUGGAUGAUCGAGAACUGCCCUCAAGAGAAGCUUUUUUUUCGGCACUGAACAACCAAACCAUUUCAAAGGACCAUUAUACACAUGUGUGUCAAGUUUGGGAGAAAUUUGGUCUCUCAACACUUGGUGAAUAUUCUGAUUUGUAUUUGAAAACUGAUGUGUUACUUCUUGCAGACAUUUUCGAGAAUUUCCGGAAAAGCUGUUUCUCCAUGUAUAAACUAGAUCCACUGCAUUAUUAUACAGCACCUGGUCUUGCGUUCGAUGCAAUAUUGAGAUGUACUGGUGUGGAGAUUGAACUUUUCACAGACGUUGAUAAACUCUUCUUCAUUGAAAAAGGUAUCCGAGGAGGAGUAGCUCAGUGCACUAAUCGUUAUGCCCAUGCCAAUAAUCGUUAUAUGAGUGAGAAUUACAAUCCAAACGAAGAGGAAUCAUAUCUUAUGUACUUUGAUGUGAAUAAUUUGUACGGUGCAGCGAUGAGUCAAUACUUACCCUGUGGUGCAUUUGAGUGGGGAAAUCCCGAAGGAUUCAAUGUUCCGCAUGUACCCGAUGAUUCUCCAAUGGGGUAUAUAUUGGAAGUAGACUUGGAAUAUCCCAAAGAACUCCAUGAUGCACACAAGGACCUACCUCUCUGUCCUGAACAUUUUGUUCCUCCAAAUUGCAAGAAUACCAAGCUAAUGACUACUCUGUAUGCCAAAAAGUCCUACGUUAUACAUUACAGAAAUUUGAAACAAAGUUUGAAUCUUGGAAUGAAAUUGACGAGGAUCCAUCGACUAUUGAAAUUCAAGCAAGCAACAUGGCUCAAGCCCUAUAUUGACCUGAACACAGAAAUGCGGAAAAAAUCGACGAGUGAAUUUGAAAAGAAUUUCUUCAAAUUAAUGAAUAAUGCUGUUUUUGGGAAAACCAUGGAGAAUGUAAGGAAGCACAAAGAUGUCAAAUUAGUCACCGAGUGGGGUGGAAGGUGGGGGGCAAGAGCUCGCAUCGCUCUGCCUAAUUUCCACAGCAGUUUGAUUUUCGAUGAUGAUAUGGUGAUAAUUGAAAUGAAUCGCACGCGAAUCACUUUUAAUAAACCAAUCUACGUUGGAUUCGCCAUUUUGGAUUUGUCGAAAAUUUAUAUCUAUGAUUUUCAUUAUAAUUAUGUGAAACAAGUGUUUGGUGAGCGUUCAAAAUUAAUGUACACUGACACAGACAGUCUUUUGUAUCAGUUUAAUGUUCCUGAUAUUUAUGAGUUUAUCAAACGAGAUAUUACGAAAUUUCAUACUUCCGAUUAUCCAGCAGAGAAUGUUUAUCAAAUGCCAAGAGUGAAUAAAAAAGUGAUAGGUUUAAUGAAAGAAACACAUCUGGAUGCUUCACUCCACUCAGUUCCUCCUGAUAAAAACCUCCUUUGA